AUGGAAGCCUUCUUUGCGAGCUGGAAAGUUGUCAAAUUUGAACACCUUGACGAUUACCUGAAAGCAAUUGGUCUUAACGAUGAAUUCAUAAGCUUCGCAACUGUAAUCAAACCAGUCUUCACCUUUUCCCAAGAGGACGACAUUGUGGUGUUUAAAACACAAACCAUCAUCAAAGAGAGCGAAAUCAGGUUCAGACUCGGUGAAGAGUUUGAUCAAGUCACCAGUGAUGGCAGGGUUUGCAAAACUGUUAUAACCCUAGAUGGAGAAAAACUCAUCCAGGUGCAGAAGUGGGACAGUAAAGAGGCCACAGAAGUUCAAGAGAUCCAGGAUGGGAAAUUGAUCAUGUAUGAAGAUUUGGCGCAUUACAGCAGCAUGAUGGACGGCGUUGGCGUGUACGGAGAUCCACAUACACAUCACCACCUAAACCAUGCUCCUCCUCCUCCUCCUCCUCACACCAAUCAGCCAUACGUGACAUCACACGGGCUCAUGGCAGGCAUCAUGGGUGCUAAUGAUGGACUCAAACGAGACAAGGAUCAGAUUUAUGGUCAUCCUCUGUUCCCGUUACUGGCACUGGUGUUUGAAAAGUGUGAGUUAGCGACGUGUACACCGCGGGAGCCGGGCGGGGCCGGGGGAGACGUGUGUUCAUCAGACUCCUUUAAUGAAGACAUCACCGUGUUCGCCAAACAGAUACGAGCAGAGAAACCAAUAUUCUCAUCCAAUCCAGAACUGGACAAUCUGAUGAUUCAAGCAAUACAAGUAUUACGAUUUCAUCUGCUUGAAUUGGAGAAGGUCCAUGAGCUGUGUGAUAAUUUUUGUCACCGCUACAUUAGCUGCCUGAAAGGAAAAAUGCCAAUUGAUCUGGUUAUUGAUGAUCGGGAUGGAUGCAAGUCUGAUUUUGAUGAUCUAACAUCCACACAUUUAUCAGAUCACAACACAGCGUCAUGGAGAGAUCUGGAUGACAAUCGCUCGACUCCUUCCAUUGGCACACCGGGACCGUCCAGCGGCGGCCAUGUUUCUCACAGCGGAGACAACAGCAGUGAACUGGGGGAUGGUCUGGAGAGCAGUCUGGCUUCUCCGGGAACGGGUGAUGAGGAUGACCCUGAUAAGAAACGACAAAAGAAGCGAGGGAUUUUUCCCAAAGUGGCAACUAACAUCAUGCGGGCAUGGCUAUUCCAGCACCUCACACAUCCUUAUCCAUCAGAAGAGCAGAAGAAGCAGCUUGCUCAGGACACAGGACUCACCAUCUUACAAGUGAAUAACUGGUUCAUUAAUGCACGCAGACGGAUAGUACAGCCCAUGAUCGACCAGUCCAACCGAGCAGUGAGUCAGGGAACUCCGUUCAGUUCGGACGCUCAGACCAUGGGGAGCUUCAUGUUGGAUGGACAGCAACACAUGGGCCUUCGACCUCCUGGUGCGAUGGGAGGAAUGGGCAUGAACAUGGCGAUGGAUGGACAGUGGCACUACAUGUAGCACUCCUACAGAUAUCGAUGCAGGUGUGUACGGUUCCAUUCAAAUCCACAAAACUUUAUUAUCACUGCACACUCAAUUACACUUACAGUCUGAACAUUACACACAUUACAACACACACAGAGAACAACACUCCAGCACUGUAAGCUCUAGUGUCUGACCAACCAGCAGUUCUAAUAAGAACCCUAGAACACAUCUAGCCGCCUUUUUGAGUUUCCACUUCCCUCCAUCUUUUCUUUCGCUCCAUCUGGCGGGGAAAUCGGAUUAGCCAUCGGCCGUAAUUUCACUCUGAUAUUCCUCCGUCUCGGAUCUUUCAGUCUCGACAUAAAUGAAGAUGUAUGAUACACUCACAGAGGCGAGCUUUAUUUAACACACACGCACACACACACGCACACACACACGCACACACAGUGGCGCCCAAUGAGCCGCACACUAACAACUCUUACUGUGAUUAAUAGAGCUCUUUUAUAUGGAAAUACAUGUCACCCCCAAACACACACACACACACACACACACACACACACACACACACAUACUGAGUGUUUAUUAAAUUGAUUAAAUUGACUUUAUUCAAGCAGAUAUUUC